UUCGGAUUCAGUUGCUUGGGAGAUGCUUUACUAAGCGGUCAGAACCUACGCCUCAGCCUGGCCGUUCCAUUCCGCCGCGUUCAGUGCCAUAUCGUUCAGAUUCUCUCCGCCAUAGCCACCGGUUUUCAGCUUUAUUGGCUUUGCUGGUGUGCAUUUUUGUUUUGCUGUGCUUCUCGUGUUUUGCUUGAUUUAUUGCUUUGUUUUUUUUCUUGUUUUUGAUUGCCAUACGCGGAGUGUUCGAUGCACUCUAAUAACAUCGAAGCAUAUACGUAUUCCCUUAUCAAAGGCUGGAAAAAGGUCGUGUCCCAGUCAAUUAAGAUGCCAUUAAUUUUUUCUCUGCUAAUCGGGACCUUCCUGCUUAUCAGCUGCUCACCCGUUGAUGCAGACGGAAAAGUGGGUGAUGCGUGUAAGGUGACGAACACUAUGCCAGGAAUCUGCCGCAGCGCCUCCGACUGUGAGCCCCUGGUCGAUGGCUAUAUCAAGUCGGGGGUCCUAACGCUUAACGAUGUGCCCAGCUGUGGCCUCGGUGCUUGGGGAGAGAUCUUCUGUUGUCCCACCACGCCGUGUUGUGGAAAUAGUACUAUAACGAGUGUGCCAACCAGAACAACCACAAGCACUCCGAAGGUCAGGACGGUCCAAACCAUAGGACGUGUGGACGUGCCCACGGGAGGCAGUGAUCGCCCAGCAGUGGCAGCCUGCAAGAGGAUUCGGGAACAGAGGGCACAGAAGAGCGGCAACCAACUGGUUAUCCAUAUUGUGGGAGGCUAUCCCGUUGACCCCGGUGUCUAUCCUCACAUGGCGGCCAUCGGUUACAUCACCUUCGGCACCGAUUUCCGGUGCGGCGGUUCGCUGAUCGCCAGUCGUUUUGUCCUGACCGCCGCCCAUUGUGUCAACACCGAGGAAAAAACGCCGGCCUUCGUCCGUUUGGGAGCGGUGAAUAUUGAGAAUCCCGACAAAAACUACCAGGAUAUCGUUGUGCGGAGCGUGAAGAUCCAUCCGCAAUAUGUGGGCAACAAGUACAAUGACAUCGCCGUUUUGGAGCUAGAACGGGACGCGGUCGAGACGGACAACAUCCGGCCCGCUUGUCUUCACACAGAACCCGCCGAUCCGCCGUUGGAUGCUAAGUUGUUCGUCGCCGGCUGGGGUGUCCUUAACGUGACCACUCGGACGCGUUCCAAGAUCCUGCUGCGUGCGGGUCUGGAACUGGUGGCCCUGGACCAGUGCAACUCAUCCUAUGCGGAGCUGCCCGGCGCCAUUCGGGUCCUGAAGCAGGGCGUGAUCGACUCUCUGAUAUGCGCCAUAGACCAAAAGCUGAUAGCCGACGCCUGCAACGGCGACUCCGGGGGUCCGCUCAUCCACGAACUCAACGUCGAGGAUGGCAUGUACACGAUCGUGGGCGUCAUCUCGUCGGGCUUUGGAUGCGCCACCGUAACACCGGCUCUCUACACGCGGGUGUCCUACUAUCUGGACUUUAUCGAGAGCAUUGUUUGGCCGGACGGUCGGGUGUGACAUGAUUUAACAUCAGGAUGGCUUGGGCAAUUUAGACCCUAACAUGGAUUUAAAUCAGUACCCUAAGAGCUAGAUCCACCAAAAUUGGCGAACACACGUCUGUGAUCUCUAAGAGCACCGCGAUCAAAUUAAUCCAAUACCAAUAAAAUACAUUAAGUUAAGAUAACGAAAGCCUUUA